UCACAGUCUGUGAAAAGGUCUCGUGCAUCACAGCAGAGCGCGCGCUGCUCCUCAACACAUUCAUCCGAUCAGUUACAGAAGAGUCCACAGCUGCGCAGUUUAUGUCUCAGCAUAAAGUUUGAGGGAAGAGAAAAAAAUGGCAUCUUUGUGGUUCAGUUUGACUACAUUGGCUGUGGCUGUAUCUUUGGUCUCUACUGGUGCUUCUAUCCCAAACAAUGAAGACGAAUGCCACUUGACGCCGAUGAAAGUCCCAGUGAUCCUGGACGAAAGCACAGUGAGGCUUCAAAGCCCAGAAUUCACUGCUGGCGACUCGAGUGAGCCAGGAGUGAUGUGUGGGAUCGAGUGCCAGCGAAAGCUGCCAGAACCGAGGCCUGCUGAGCUGGAACGACUACUGUCUUAUGAAACGAUCUACGAGAAUGGAACACGCAUCUUCACCAAAAUAAAACUGGAAGGGGUCACUGAAUUAAGAAACACGUCCUCUUCCGUUGUCUGCAAGAUGGGACACCUUAAACGCAGAAAACGGCAGGUAUACGGCAUGGACGGGCGCUUUGUGAUCACAGAUAAACACUUCACCACUAAUUACCCCUUUUCUGCAUCAGUGAAGCUCUCUACGGGUUGCUCAGGCAUCUUGGUUUCUCCAAGACAUGUACUGACUUCCGCCCACUGUGUCCACAAUGGCCAAGACUAUUUGAAAGGGACCAAGAGGCUCAGAGUGGGUAUCAUGAAGCUUCGCUCCAAACGCAGGGGAGGGCGCCAACGAGGAGGCAGGAGAGGAGAAAAGAGAAGAGAAAGUGAAGCAGGAAAUGAAGGAGAUGUUGCCACUGAAGUACAAGUUAGAGAACACAGGAGGAAAAGGAAGAACCGUUUUAGGCGAGAGACAGAUUCAGACCAGACCAGACAACCAGCUUUCCGGUGGACACGCGUCAAACAAACUCAAGUACCAACCGGUUGGAUGAGGAGAGCAGGCGAGGAGGUCUCAGCAGACUAUGAUUACGCCCUUCUGGAGCUCAAACGACCUCAUAAGAUGAAGUUCAUGGAGUUAGGUGUUGUUCCUGUAGUCAAGGACAUCCCAGCUGGAAGAAUCCACUUCUCUGGUUUUGAUAAUGACCAGUUAGGGAAGGUGGUCUAUCGCUUCUGUUCGGUCUUGGAGGAAUCUAAUGACCUAAUGUACCAGUACUGUGACGCGCAGAAGGGAUCAAGUGGAGCCGGUGUGUACGUGAGGCUACGAGAUCAGGCAGGAAAAGGGAAGUGGAAGAGGAAGGUAAUUGGUGUGUUCUCUGGACACCAGUGGGUGGAUGUCGAUGGGAUACAAAAGGACUAUAAUGUGGCAGUCAGAAUAACACCCAGCAAGUAUGCCCAGAUAUGCCACUGGAUCCAUGGAGAUGCUAGUCAGUGUGCAUUGGCCUGAGAAAGCUUGAUUAAAGGUUUUUAAGUGGAAGUAACUACAUUCAUUACAUCCAACUUGUCAGUAAGUCUUCAAGACUGCUGGGACGGUCUAGAUGCAAACUUGUCAUAUGACUAAAUGGAAAGUCCAUAGCGAGUAGUUGCGAGCACAAAUGGAGCAUCUGUACAGGAAAUGCCUUUUUCACAAGAUGAAUUUGAAUGCUGUAUAUUUAUUUCUGUUUUUAUUUGAGACUGCAGGCUUUGUAAUGUCAUGUUCAGGCCAUGUUUAUGUUAAAAAAGCCAAUUUCACCAGCUGAGGCCAAGCAGUUAACUACUGAAAAGCAAAACAACUUGACAUUCAGUAUGAUUUUUGUUUAAGUUCUUGAAGAGUUCACCCAAAUAUGAAAAAUGUCACCAGUUACAUGAAGAGCAGCCUGUUUUCCAUGGAAGAAAAGUAGAUGGUGAUUCAUGAUACCUCUGAGAGAAAAAAAACAAAAUUAAGUGCAGAUUUGUAAAUAACAGCUUAAAAGUUGGAGAAUAAAAUGAUGUAAAGUUCAGUAUAAUUUUAUUUAAUGCCAUGUCAGCAUCUGAGGCUGUUUUAUGGAAAAAAACUCAAUUACAAAAAGAAUAAAAUGAUGUAAAUUGCAGUAUAAAUCACCAUCCAGUUUUGCUGCAUGGAAAGGAGCUCAGACACUCACAGCUUGAAAGGAUGUGGAGGUAAUUCAUAACGGGGGUGAUUGUUUUGGUCUUACUGUAUUUAUUUAAUAAUUAAUUGCCUUUGUCUAAUAAAGUCCAUUCAGUUAAAAUAUUA